GCGGGAGGCCCCGCCCCUCGGCGCCCAGCCCCUCUGCGCCACUCCACUCCCCGCUCUGCCCCGCCCUGCCUCGCCCCUUAGCGCUCGUCCUGAGGGGCGGGGCGGCCCUGGUGGGUGGUGUGGGAGUGGGUAUGGGGAGGGAAGUGGAGGGGAGGGGGUAAGUGACAGGGUAGGGGAGGCUCUGGGAAGGGCGGGACCUCGAGGCGCGGUCGCGCGAGGUGACAGGAGUCACAGUUCCCGCGGGCGGCGACAGCAGAGCGCCCACUGCCUCCAGCAGAUUAAUAUUAAGAUUGGAAGUUUGUGUCUUUUGCUGGAUAUUCGAAAUUGAAUGUAAUGGCAACAGAAUUUAUAAAGAGUUGCUGUAGAGGAUGUUUCUAUGGUGAAACAGAAAAGCCCAACUUUUCUGUGGAAAGAGAUUUUAAAGCAACAGUCCCAGAUAGUCAAAAUGCUACUAUCUCUGUACCUCCAUUGACUUCUGUUUCUAUAAAGCCUCAGGUUGGCUGUACUGAGGAUUAUUUGCUUUCCAAAUUACCAUCUGAUGGCAAAGAAGUACCAUUUGUGGUGCCCAAGUUUAAGUUAUCUUAUAUUCAACCCAGGACACAAGAAACUCCUUCACAUCUGGAAGAACUUGAAGGAUCUGCCAGAGCAUCUUUUGGAGAUCGAAAGGUAGAACUUUCCAGUUCAUCCCAGCAUGGACCUAGCUAUGAUGUGUAUAACCCAUUCUAUAUGUAUCAGCACAUUUCACCUGAUUUGAGUAGACGCUUUCCUCCCUGUUCAGAAGUGACGAGACUGUAUGGAUCGGUUUGUGAUUUAAGGACCAACAAACUUCCCGGUUCCCCUGGGCUAAGCAAAUCUAUGUUUGAUCUUACAAGCUCAUCUCAGCGAUUCAUCCAGAGACAUGAUUCAUUGUCCAGUGUACCCAGUAGUUCUUCUUCAAGGAAAAAUUCUCAGGGGAGUAACAGAAGCCUGGAUACAAUUACUCUAUCAGGAGAUGAAAGGGACUUUGGGAGACUGAAUGUGAAAUUGUUUUAUAAUUCUUCGGUAGAACAGAUCUGGAUCACAGUUUUACAGUGCAGAGAUUUAAGUUGGCCCUCUAGUUAUGGAGACACUCCUACUGUUUCUAUAAAAGGAACACUUACAUUGCCCAAACCAGUGCAUUUCAAAUCUUCAGCCAAGGAAGGUUCCAAAGCUAUUGAAUUUAUGGAAACGUUUGUAUUUGCUAUUAAACUUCAGAGUCUACAAACUGUAAGGCUUGUAUUUAAGAUUCAAACUCAGACUCCCAAGAAGAAAACCAUUGGAGAAUGCUCACUGUCACUCAGAACCCUUAGCACACAGGAAAUGGAUUACUCUUUGGAUAUAUCAGCACCUUCAAAAAUUUCUGUUUGCCAUGCAGAACUUGAAUUGGGGACUUGUUUUCAAGCAGUAAAUAGCAGAAUUCAGUUACAAAUUCUUGAGGCACAAUACCUUCCAAUCUCAUCAACACCUCUGACUUUGAGUUUUUUUGUGAAGGUGGGAAUGUUUAGCUCGGGAGAGUUGAUUUAUAAGAAAAAGACACGCUUACUGAAGGCCUCCAAUGGAAGAGUCAAGUGGGGAGAGACUAUGAUUUUUCCACUUAUACAGAGUGAAAAAGAAAUUGUUUUCCUCAUUAAGCUUUACAGUCGAAGCUCUGUAAGAAGAAAACACUUUGUGGGCCAGAUUUGGAUAAGUGAAGACAGUAAUAACAUUGAAGCAGUGAACCAGUGGAAAGAGACAGUAAUAAAUCCAGAAAAGGUUGUUAUCAGGUGGCACAAAUUAAAGCCAUCUUGAAGACUUCACACAUUAAUUUGGUGAAGAACUUGACAUUCUUUUAGAAGACUUACGAUUUCAAUUUGCUACCAAUGCGAAGAGGCAAAUCAAUAAAUUUGUCAAUUUAUGGGGGCUAUAAUUACAGUAUAUAAUGUAUCUGAUAGAAAAUUUGAUAAGAAAAUGUAAUGAAUUUUAUCAGAUAUCCAAAGUAAAGGAAAUAUUUUAAAACUGUGCAACAAGAGACACAGACAGUAAAAUCAAAGUAUUAUUAGGAUGACCACAUAAAUUAUAAAGUCUGUGAGAAUAUCAACUCUAGAUAGUUCUUUCUAUAUUAUGUUUUUGCUUUUGUAUUUUAAGCUUUACUUAGAUAUUCAAAACCUAGUAUAUCAAGUCUCUGUUAGUACUAUUGACAUUUAGAAGACUUUACUAUUAUUUCAGUGCUAGGCAUUAUUGAUUAGGUCUUGGCUCCACUGUUUACCUCUUGCUAUGUAUUUUAUCUUGGUAAAAAUGAAUUGAACCAUUUCAACUAUUUUCUAUAUUUGGGGAAAGUUUGUGCCCUGUGUUUUAUAAUGUUUUUACCCAUAAGACAUCACAUUAUCACUUUGUAAGCUACUUAUCUCCAAAAAGCUUCAGAAAUAGAAAACUACAUUUUGGCAGGAAUAAUUGAAAACACCAGAAGGUUGAAGUUUAAUUGGAAACCCAGAAUAUACAUACUUUGCUGUUUUCUUUUUUUUUUUUUUUUUUUUUUUUUUUUUUUUUUUUUUAUUUUGAGACGGAGUCUCGCUCUGUCACCCAGGCUGGAGUGCAGUGGCGCGAUCUCGGCUCACUGCAAGCUCCGCCUCCUGGGUUCACGCCAUUCUCCUGCCUCAGCCUCUCCAAGUAGCUGGGACUACAGGCGCCCGCCACCACGCCCGGCUAAUUUUUUGUAUUUUUAGUAGAGACGGGGUUUCACCGUGGUCUCGAUCUCCUGACCUCGUGAUCCGCCCGCCUCGGCCUCCCAAAGUGCUGGGAUUACAAGCAUGAGCCACCGCGCCCGGCUACUUUGCUGUUUUCUUCCCUCAAAUAUUUUACUAUUUGUUUUAUUUGGAGUUAAAAUAGGAGUAUCAUCCAUAUGGUCCAUCUUAAUUCACAGAAUUAAAUGAGCUUAAAUAGCAAAUUCAGUAUUUUAUGAUAAUCACUUCAUUUUUAGUUUUUAAAAUUUAGAUUAUAAUUUACAGUGUUUGAGUAUUUUCCCAUUUUUUUAUAACCAUACCUGAUUAUACUGUGUAACAAAUAAAUAUUUUCUAUUGCAGUUUUCUUUCCAGUACUUAUUAGAACUCAGUAUAUGGAAAUAAUUUCAGCUUAAUUGCCCAUAAGAACUGUGGCCAAAAAGAACAGCUUUGUGGAGAGGCAGAUGACAUUAUACCUGAUUUUAGGAAAUCUCACUUUAUUUUUGCUAAUAAGUAGACUAAGUGCUCUGUGUUCUCAGUCUUCCCUUUUUUUCUGCCCCCAUUCUUACUUUGUCCCAUGCAUGCAGAGAAAGAUGGUGAUAUUUUAGGCCAGGAGUAUACCUUGCUUUAACCAAGCAUGCCUUCUUUAUUCCAGCUUCUAUGUUCUAUGUAUAUCAUUAACAUUUUCCCAAAUAAACCCUUAAUUCUCUUUUCCCUAGGUACCAUCUCCUCAAGCUACAAAAUGUCCACAUCUUAUAUCCCCUUUGCUUCUACUGCCCUGAUUUUGUGGUACCAGUACUCUCUGCCACUGAACAUUUUGAAAUAUUUUUGUUUUAGAUUUGCAAAAAAUGACAGAUAGGUCAAUACUCACAUGGACUUUUAAGAUAAAUCACCUGUGUGAUAAUAUUUUGAAUCUGAGUCAAAUACGACUUUCAAAAAUUGUUUUUAAAAAUAGACUUUUUUUUUUUUUUUAGAGCAGUUGUAGGUAAACAGAAAAAUUGAGAGGAAGAUAGAGAUUUCCUUUCUCCCCCAGUAAAGCCCUCAACAGCCUCCCAGGCUAUCAGUAUCCUGCACCACAAUGGUACAUUUGUUACAAUCAAUGAACCUACUCUGAAACAUCAUUAUCAUCCAAAUUUCAUGGUUUACAUUAGGGUUCCCUCUUGGUGUUAUACAUUCUAUAGGUUUUGACAAAUGUAUGAUGAUAUGUAUGCAUCAUUAUAAUAUAGUAUAGUUUCGCUGCCCUAAACAUCCUCUGCAAAUGCAACAUUUUAAUGGGUACCAAAGAAGUAAAUGUAUUUACUGGCUUUUAGAUAAUAAAUAACAGGCUUUAUUGUUUAUUUUAAAAGCUA